UGAGGGAGUCACUCGAUGCCGGGAUGUCCCGGAGCAGAGCCUCAUCCCUGUUCCUCCCCCUCUGUCUCUCUGCAGGAGGAACUCUCCAACAACUCGGAGUUGAUCCACGCCUACCGCCAACACAUGACUGAAGGAAACACCUUGAGCAACAUCGAACUGUAUUGGAACAGCUACAACAGUCGCCGUGACCUGGAGAUAGACCGCGUCGGCGCAGGAACUCUCAAGUGCCCUGUCAUGCUGGUGGUCGGAGAUCAUGCCCCUCACGAGGACGCCGUGGUACGUGACUCCCGUCUCCCGAAACGCGUACCCAGCCCACCCCCUCAACCCCGCGGGGCACGACGCCCGCCCGGAGAGAAACGGCGCAGGGGGAUCUGGGCGACCGACCGAGCCUCGGGACCAGGGAGUGGGCGCCCGCGCGAGGGGAUGGCGGGUGGGAUUCCAGCCUCAAUCGCUGGAAGGAAUGGAGCGUAUGAGCGCGACGAAGGGGUUUCCCACGCUUUCAGUCAGACCGCCAGUGGGUUGGGAGGGUGUGUGGGGGGGGGGGGUUGGGUGGUGAGGGAAUGGAGUCAGCGAGACACACAGCACGGAAACAGACCUUUCGGCACUGCUCGGCCCUCCCCACCUGCCAGGUCCGGGCCCAUGUCCCUCCGAGAUUUACCGGGGCAGCGUUGGAGGUCGAGGGAUGACCUGAUGGAGGUUUAUAAUAUCACGUAGGGGUCGUGAACGGUA